AUAACCAUAGGUUCAUGAUGUUAUUUGUUUACUGUUAUCACUGUACUUUUAGUUAGCUUUUGUAGUAUUUGAUCAGAGUUCCAGUUUAGAAGUUAAUCUGUUAUUAGUAGUUUAUUUGUUUUAAAGGUAAUUUACAAAACGAUAAUCGUUGCUAAAUUUUAUAUUGAAGGGUUUGAAUAAAUGUCAAUGUUGUAAUAUAAAAAUUUGAUGUUAGAGUAGUGUUGUCCAUCCACAUUUGAAUCAUGCUUGAUGCUGCUUCGAGACGAGUCUCCAUGCUCUACAGAGUUCUCAGGUCCUCAAAUGUACGCCUGAAUAAAGUUAAUAAUUCAUUCUUGAAAUACUCAACAGUUGCAUUAAAAGAAGGUGAAAAAAUUGUAUCCAUAGGAGAUGUAUCAAAAACUGUGAAGACUGCAAGUCAUCCAGAAUAUGUACCUAGAAGUUACCUGUCAGAGCCGCUCACUCAGGACACAUUGCACCACCUGCGAUGGAUGCUGCAGAAAGACCUGCUGGGACAAGACAUGUUCCUACUGGGCAGGCCUGGGCCGCUGCGAGCACGGUUGGCUCUGCAGUAUCUCGAGCUGACCGGACGAGAGUUGGAGUACGUGGCACUGUCGAGGGACACGACAGAGAGCGAUCUCAAACAGCGCAGAGAGAUCAGUGGUGGUACUGCUGAGUACAUUGAUCAGAGUGCAGUGAGAGCAGCCACAAUGGGAAGAGUCCUGGUACUGCAGGGUAUAGAGAAAGCUGAACGAAAUGUUCUGCCAGUUCUGAACAACUUGUUGGAGAACAGAGAAAUGCACCUGGAAGAUGGCAGGUUCCUAAUACCAGCGGCAAGAUAUGAUCGACUUUUGCAGGAGCACGGGAAGCAGGAGCUGGACAGGUGGGGACUGGUGAGAGUGAGUGAUGAUUUCCGUGUCAUAGCUCUCGGACUUCCAGUUCCUGGUUACCAUGGCAACCCUCUAGACCCUCCACUUCGUUCCAGGUUCCAAGCUCGCAACAUUUCCACUCCGUCGUACCAGGACACCCUGAGUUCGUUGCAAGCUCACUACCAAAAUGUUUCAGAAUCCAAGCUUACUCAGCUUGUUUCAGCUUCGUUUGCUUUGCUUGCCCCAGAGUCUGCUGCUCUUGGCCUGCCAGACUUCCCUACAGACAAUCUCGACAAGGCAGCCCACCUCUUGGCAGCAUUCCCCUGGCUCAGCGUACAGGAUUGUCUCUCCCGCCUCUACCCCCACCACUACCUGCUACCUAAGGAGGGGAGGGGGGCAGUCGAGAAUAUCCUUGCCUCCUUCCAGAUCCGGCCAGAGGAGACAGCCCUGGCCACUGUGUCCCUGGCACCUGGGGAAGGAAGAACUGUUGCUUCUCUGAAGUGUGGCUUCUCCGAGACCUUCAGUAGAGGUAACGAUCAGUGGCUCUUAGACUUAUAUUUCACGAGUCAAGUGGCAUGUGGUUUGGUACCGUCUCCCCAACGCACACCCCUCACUGUGGAGACAGAGAGCCUGCGGAGGGGUCUGGUGGGGCUACUGCAGAAUCACCUGGCAGGAGACAUUUGUGUGGUGGGACCGCGGGGCUGUGGCAAGUCUACACUGGUGUCACUGCUGGCCCAUUCUCUCGGCUACACGGUGGAGCCCAUCGUACUGUACCAGGACAUGACCAGCAGGGACCUGAUACAGCAGAGAUCUACCAUGGCUACAGGAGACACAGUGUGGCGUGACGCUCCUCUGGUGUGUGCUGCACUCGAGGGCAAACUGGCUGUGCUGGACGGACUGCACAGGCUCCACCCUAGCACACUGGCUGUGCUACAGAGGUUGGUGCACGACAGAGAGCUGCAGUUGUACGAUGGUAAACGUCUGGUGUCUCACAAUCGAUACGAUCAGCUGGUUGCAGAACUGGGCCUGGAGAGAGUCCAACAGUCCGGAAUGCUUAGGAUACAUCCUUCCUUUAGGAUCAUCGCUCUAGCUGAACCUCCAGGCAGUGGUGACACACCCUGGCUGAACCCCGAGGUCCUUAGUUUAUUCCUCUUCCACCAGAUGCCAGCAGUGACCCAGGACCAGGAACUGCACAUUAUGCAGCAAAUGUUUGGGCGAGUUCCGCUGUCAGUGGCCGAGGUGGUGAGGGUGACUCACACACUGAGAGAGUCAGCAGACGCCACACUUCAGUCCCUGGCCUCGUCACUCACUACUCGGCAGUUGCUGCGUGUCGCUCGGCGUGCUGCUGCUUACCCUGGCCAGUCGGCGCACUCGAUUGUGCAGCAGGCUUGUCUGGCCAAGUUUCUGCCACCUCUGGCACGACAGGCUCUGGAGACCGUGCUGCAGAGGGCAGGGAUCCAGCCUGUGGAGGACACGCGCAGUGUGGCCACUACGAUAAAGACCACUGACGAGACUGUGGCCAUUGGCAAUACUACUGUUGCCCGAGACAAGACCUCUGUACCCAGUAAAGUGCCCGAUAUCCUCUUUUACGAUAUUCCACAGCAUGUAUCUCUGCUGGAACGGCUCUUGCAAGAUUUCACGAUGGGAGAACACCUCUUGCUAGUCGGCAACCAGGGGGUCGGCAAAAACAAGAUGGCCGACAGAUUAUUACAGCUGCUGAACCUGCCCAGGGAAUACAUCCAACUUCACAGAGACACAACAGUACAGUCACUGACAUUGCAGGCCACUGUACGAGAGGGAGUGGUAGUGUACGAGGAUUCUCCUCUAGUCCAGGCCAUCAGAUCUGGACAUGUCUUGGUGGUGGACGAAGCAGACAAAGCUCCCACUCAUGUCACUUGUAUACUGAAGACUCUGGUGGAGAGUGGGGAGAUGAUUCUGUCAGACGGGCGUCGAAUUGUGCCGGCGUCGGAUCCUCGAGCCCAGUCCGGUGCUGCCAACAUUAUCCCUCUCCAUCCAAAGUUCCGCAUGAUCGUGUUGGCCAACCGUCCUGGAUUCCCUUUCCUCGGCAAUGACUUCUUUGGUGCUCUCGGUGACCUCUUCAGCUGUCAUGCAGUGGACAACCCGAGCGAGGAGAGCGAGAGGGCGCUGUUGUCUCAGUACGGUCCAGACGUGUCGCGCGAGACAGUCUCUCGUCUGGUGGCAGCAUUCGCCAAGCUGCGCAGUCUCGCGGACCAGGGCAUGGUCACGUACCCAUACAGCACUCGCGAGGCUGUCAGUAUCGUCAAGCAUCUGCAGGCGUAUCCGAACGACUCACUGGCAGACACAGUCAGUAAUGUGUUUGACUUUGAUAGCUACAGCCAGGACCUGAGAGACACUCUGCUGCAAGUCCUCGCCCAACACGGGAUACAGCUCGCUCUGUCAGCGACCGACAAGAAACGCAGGGAACAUCUGCAGCUGACUGUGGAGCGAACCAGUGGACAGGAUGUGUCGGGGCCCAAGCAUGGCAAGGUGGACGAGAAGGGGGACCCCCACGUCGGGGGCAACACCUGGGCGGGAGGCACCGGAGGCAGGGACACGGCGGGGCUGGGGGGCAAGGGCGGUCCCUACAGGCUGGAUGCCGGUCAUACUGUACACCAGCUGAGUGAUGAGGAGAAAGCGGCAGUGCCUGAACACGUACGGAAGGCCGCGCGGGAGAUGGCGCAGAAGGCUUUCAAGGAGAAGCUGCGUGAGAUCCGGAUGAGUGAGUACGACGCUUCACUGUACGACCAGUUCUACUCGGCAGUGAGUGGACAGGUGCAGGCGCUUCGCGUAGUGCUGAGCAGUCUGCAGGCACGGUCGCGUGACCGACUGUGGCUACGGCACCAGACCAGUGGCGAGCUGGAUGACACCAAGCUGAUAGAGGGAAUAACAGGGGAGAAGAAUGUGUAUCGGCGGCGGGGAGAGAAAGAACCUGAGGUCGGGACUCCGCAAACAAAACCCAAACGUCUCAAGCUUGUUGUGGACGUAUCUGGUAGUAUGUAUAGGUUCAAUGGAUUCGACGGCAGACUGGAGCGGGAGUUGGAGGCAGUAGUGCUAGUGAUGGAGGCGUUCCAGGGCUACGAGGCCAGGCUCCAGUACGACAUCGUGGGACACUCGGGAGAGUCCGACUGUAUCCCUUUUGUGGCUGCAGGCAAGCCACCGUCCAACAACAAGGAGAGACUUGAGGUCAUCAAGACGAUGCACGCUCACGCUCAGUUCUGCAUGUCGGGUGACUACACUCUCAGUGCCACCGCUCACGCAGUCAGCUCCCUGGCCAAGGAGGAUUGUGACGAAGCUAUAGUGAUAGUUCUGUCCGAUGCUAACCUGUCGCGCUAUGCGAUACCUGCCAAGAAGCUGGCCACUGCGCUCACUUCCGACUCACGAGUCGAUGCGUACGCCAUCUUCAUCGGCUCACUGGGGGACCAGGCCUCUAGGUUGGUACAAGCGUUGCCGGCGGGCAAGGCAUUCAUCUGCAUGGAUCUCCAGAUGUUGCCUCAGAUCCUCCAUCAGAUCUUCACGUCUUCCGUUCUCAAGUCUCGAUGAUCUUUUAGUUAGUUCUUUAGGUUUUUAUGAAUAUAACUGGUGCAGUCUGUGAUAAUCAUUGACACAAACAUAUUGUCUGGUCAUCGACUUCAGGGGUGAACAGAGUAAAUUAAUUCAAGUCAAACCUUAUUUCAUGUAUAGCGUAUUCAAUACAUGAAAGGUUAAAAAAUUUUACAUGGCUCUAAACAAUUUUAGGAUGGUUAAAAACCAAAACACGUGUAUGUCAAUAAAAAGAUUUGUAAAAGAGUUUUAGUUACUUUUUAUUACAUUAAUUUUAUCCACAUAGAUUUACACAAAAUUCAAAACAAAGUAAAUAGAAUAGAGAAAGAAAUAAAGAAGGUAACGGACCAGGAAUCCGCACAAAAUGAAUUAUGUUUUUGGUUCAUGGGAAAAGAACCAAAAAUAAUGUUUCUGUUUGUCUCAGCUCACUAUUAAUCUAAGUGAGCUGUGCCUUUUCUUUUGUUAUGAGUUUUUAUUUUAUUUUGGAAAUCAAAUCAGUAAUUAAAACUACUGAAUAUUUUUUAAUAGAUUUUUGUAUCUUUCUUGAGCUGUAAUUAUUUGUUUGUACCUGUUUGUGUCUUUGCUUGGAUGCAACGUUUAGUUAGCUAAUCAAUCUGUGUUAGUUUUUCAUUCCGUAGCCCUGUGCUUUGUCAUUUAUUAACAACCCCACAUUCACCUGUCUGCCAUUGUUGUAUUUUCCUCAGAGGCUAUAUUUGAUCUUCAAGCAACCUUUUUAAUGAAUAAAAAUGUUAGUGAAGAAGCAUAUAAUGUUUUUGUGUGGUUUUAAUUAUUACGUUUGUGUGCAACAUUACUUCAAGCUAGGCUCAGAUGGUUAUGUCAAUGUGUGAAUACGGUGUGCCUAAACCGGGAUUUGAGCCUGGGUCCUUCGGGUGAUAAUCUGAGGUGCUGAUCUCUUAGCUACUGGUGAAAUGAUGACGAGAGAACAACAAAACACAACAAUAGAAAUUAUUCGUGGAUAUUCUUUCUAUUCAUAUUAUGUGUUACUUUUUAGAUUUUCCAACCAUAGUAGAAGAUUCAGAAAGCGUGGUUGAUAAUUUAAUUACUAAUUUAACCUUAAACCAAAUGAAGGUAACUGGGAUUAACACUCAAAUAUCAGAUCAUAGUAGACAAGUAUUGUUCUGGAUACAAAGAAAAGUACACAAUAAACAAGAAUUUGAAAAAAUUAUAAAGAUUUUUUCUAAAAGGAACCUCGAUAAAGUCUCUGCAAUGUUUAACUACAAAAAUUAGUUUGCUGUUUAAAAUGCUUCUGUAGAUUAUACAUUUUGAUGUUUCAUGGCAACUUUCCAUUGGUUAGAGCUAGAUAAUAUAAUUAUAGCAUACUGCAUUGGUUUGAUGAUGACUGUACUUUAGAGGAAAAGAAUAUAAUGCAAUUAAAUAACUUAAGAAGAACUGCAGUACAAUAUUUAAUUAAUAAAUAUCAAUGAAAACAAAACAUUAAACAAGGCCAAAAUUUAAAUGUGGGAUCCUCUUUUAGUAAUAUUAUCUUAUAAUUUAACCUUUAAUGUAGUAAAUGUUUACCUUUAGUACCUAUUUUGUGUUUUCACUGUGCUCAAGCCUAGUCUUGUUUUGUAUCUGUAUAUUUUUUAAUUACUUUCUACCCUGGGGAAUUCAACAUAACAAAUAGAUUUGUAAGCAAGAUUUUUUUCUUGUAAAACCUUUAUAGCUCAAAGUCUAGUUAUAUGUUAGCAAUUUAAAAAAUUAUUAAUUUUCAUAAAUAAUAAUAAUUUUACAGAUUAUUUUGAUUCAUUGAUUGAGUACUUUAAACACUGUACAUUUUAUCAAUUGAUUUUACAAAUAUUUUUACUAUUCAAGAGAAUUUCUGUACAAAAAUAUUUUUUAUGUGGAUUUAAGGCCAUAAAAACCAAAUUUUGUUUCUGUUACAUUUUUUUAAGCUCAGUAUUGAUAACAAUACAUAAGAAAUCUGGUUAUUAAUUUUCUAUUACAAUUCCUGAGAAGAAUUUUAUUGAUCAAUUAAUAAUUUUAAGAAUUACGUGUGAUUUUUCUAUUCUAUUCUUCAUCCUGUAAAUCAGUUCAUUUCUAUAAAGUAAGGCUGUGUAGAAUGUUUUGAACUUAUAGUAAUUAGUUUUUGUCCCUAAUGAUGUAUUUGGAAUAAAAUUAAGAGUUUACAUAUUGUACUUGUAAUUCAUAAAACAAAAUUCUGUAAAACAAUAAAUUGUAUUUGUAGCCAUGUUCUUUUAUAAAUAUAUUAUGUAUUAAUAAUAUUCAUUCAUUUACUGUUUUAUUGAACAGUUUUUUCAAAGAUCUUCAUCUACAGUUUUAGUUUUAUUUUCUAUUGAAUGUUUUUUAUUUACUCAUAAGCAGGUUGUUAUGAACUAUUUGUACGUUAUACCAAAUAAUAAAAUAUUUUUGUAGAA